AUGACGUGGGGUGCCAAGACACCGCAAGAGCGCGGGCCCAUCGUGGCCUCCCGGCACCCGGACUCCUUUGGCAAGCGCAACGCAAUUGGCGCUGGCGGAGGCUCAUACUGCAUCUACCACGCGCUGGCGGUGGCCAUUGGAGACCUGAAGCCAAACCACCUGCCGGACUUGUCGCUGACCGAGCCGGCGUACAAUAUCACCCCGCAGGCCACGUGGACAGCCCCCGGCAAGAUCGUGUCAAUGGAUCCCUGGGGCCACGCAGUCGUCGAGCAUUUCAGCGAGCAGCUGCAGCAGGGCAUCGAUGUGCGCCCGACCAUUGCUGUAACCAAAGCGCAUAUGAAGCUAGCCGAGAUUGACGAGGCCAUCGGCAAGGGCAUUUUGCAGCGCGACGGCGACGUGGUGACCGAGAAUGGCGAGCUCAAGGUCGUCAAGGUAGCCUGUCGAGCCCGUGUGGUUCCUGCCCGGACACCGGUGGCAUGUAUCCCGGAGCUGAUCACGCGGCCGGACCUCAAAGUGUUCCUGCCGCCCAUCGGCGGCCUGACCGUGUAUAUCUUCGGCAACCCCGAGCACAUCACCGACCCGGCGAAGCGCCUGACUAUGCGCGUCCACGACGAGUGCAAUGGCUCAGACGUGUUCGGCUCCGACAUCUGCACCUGCAAGCCGUAUCUGAUCUACGCCAUCGAGGAGUGUGCGCGCGAGGCACAGAACGGCGGCGUCGGCGUCGUCGUGUAUUUCCGCAAGGAGGGCCGUGCGCUGGGCGAAGUCACAAAGUAUCUUGUGUAUAAUGCCCGCAAGCGCCAGGAGGGCGGCGACACAGCUGCCAAUUACUUUAAGCGCACUGAGUUUGUUGCUGGCGUCAAGGAUAUGCGCUUCCAGGCGCUGAUGCCCGAUAUUCUGCAGUGGCUGGGCGUGACGCGCAUCGACCGCUUCAUCUCCAUGUCCAACAUGAAGUAUAACGCCAUCGUUGGCUCCGGCAUCGAGAUUGUCGAGCGCGUGUCCAUCCCGGAGGACCGCAUGCCUGGCGACGCCAAGGUCGAGAUCGAGGCCAAGAUUGCCGACGGCUACUUCACUACCGGCGCUGUGCCCACCGCCGAUGAUCUGCAGGCUGUCAAGGGCCGCAACUGGGACGAAAUCGUGCACUAAUCAUCAUUUCAUAUCUUUUUCAUACCUAAUUAUUCGGCACAAGUUGAAAAACAAAACGAGUAUAGCUAAAAACGAAAUGGAAACACGUGUGCCAGCCGUCGGCUGGCCCAGCAGCAGGGCCGCAGAGGGGAUUAAUUUUGGAUACGGCUAAUACAUGGAUACAUCAACGAUACCAGCAAUGUUGUGCUCAGUACUUUGUGGUAGUCGUGUCGUAUGAGGCGUUGCCAACACCCUCACCUUCGGUCGUCUGGCGGUAGUAGUUAUGCGCCUGGUCGGGCUCCUGGCGCUUUCUGCGGUGCUCCUUCUUCGACUGGUGCUUCUUGUGGAGCUUGUUUGCGCCCACCAGCAAUGCUAGGGCCGCAACACCUGCGAUGGCAAUCUUCUUGUUCUACUCGCAGUAAUUGGACAGGGGUAUGUAGGAUUACCUGAUCACUAUGUCAUGCACAUAUGCGGAUAU